AUGAUGGAAUAUAUAAGGAGCGAUUCAGUUUUGCCAAGCAGCAAAUACUUCUUGCUAUAUUGCAGCCAAUUUACCCAAGAAAACAAAAAUUCUCCCAUAAAUUCUUUGUCAAAGGCCAAAAUUCGUAAUUGCCUAAUCGAGGACUUUGAACUUGACAAAGACACAAUUGACUUCUUGGAUUUAGAUUUAGGGAUUAUUUCUGAUGAUUCUUCAGCAAGCCCCUGCCUUUCGGCUAUUUCAAGUUUCGAGAAUGACGAUUUUCUGUGCCAUUUAUGCCAUAAAACGUUCAAAACCCACAAAGGGCUUCAGCAACAUUUAGGAAAGCAGCACACUAAAAGCAAAGAAGUCGUGUCCUGUGAUAUCUGUGGGAAGAAAUUCAAGCAUAAAUAUGCGGUUAAAUUUCAUAUAAACCAAGUUCAUGACAAAAUUACUAGGGUAAGCUGCCCUAUAUGUGGGAAAUCGGUUUAUAAUAAAUAUAUACUUUCUCAGCAUAUGGCUAAACAUGCUGAAGGUGAAAUGCCAUAA